ACCACCAAGCUCUACCUUAUCCAGUUGAUUCGUGUCUUCUUCCGCCUGCGUCUGCCACACCUGGCCGGCUGGUGUGUGGAACCGGUAGUUAGGCUUGUACUCGACCAUUCAAGCACUGUCUCCAGUCUCGCCAUUGACCUUUUGGAGGUAAUUAAUGGUGAAUAA